AUGGCCAGCGCUCGACGGGUCGAAGGGAAAGGAGUGGGUGCCAUCAAGCCAGCAUCGCUGUUCAACACAAGUGAAGAAUACGUGUACACGCAGGCUGCCGUCGCGGCACUGCGAUCGUUGGCAAUCGAACCAGACCACGCCCCGUUUGCCUUGACGCUGUCACUUCACAGUCCACAUGGACCGCCGGAGACGUUCGAACAGUUCAUUUCGGCCUACCCCGUCUUGCUCGAUUGGAUGUCGGGAUCCGAAAAAGUGGCUGGAGUCACCAUGGAAGAGAUUGGCACCGCAUUAUACCACGCCCAAGUUUCGCAAUCGGAUUUUCUGUUCGGCCUCCUCCUGGAGGCCCUGGGAGAGCUGAAAUUACGGCAGAGUACACUGGUCCUAUUCUUCAGCGACCAUGGCGCUACGUGGACUCCUGAGCAGGUGACUGGAAACCACUACAAAGGGGGUGUGAUGGACAAGACGGACUUCCACAAUCACUUCGCAGAGAGAGUGCGCAAGGUUCCCCUCAUCUUGAGUUGGCCGGGAGUGAUUCGAAGUGAGCAGGUCGUCAGCGCGCCCGUCUCCUUGAUGGACGUCCACUCAACCAUUCUUGCCGGCGUGAGGUUGGCGCUCGACGGAACAACAACUCGUUCAACACCAGAAGUGCAUAGCCACGGGACGUCUUUGUGGCCCUUGAUAGCAUUGGUCAAUGACCAACGCACCGCAAAGGACAAGCUACACAACCAAACCAGCUUGUUCGUCUAUGGCAGGCACUCACUUAGCCCAUUCAAGCCGAUUUGGCCGGCGAUCAUCAACCCAAUGUUUAUGGCGCGCCGGGCGCAACACAAGCUAGUUUGCGACUACCCACACGUUCCCGGUGCAAAUGAAGUGAUCGUCGAUGGCCAGCACAUCCCAGUGCAGCAAAAGUGGUUCUGCACGGGGUGGGGAGACCGACAGCACCGACCGUUGCACGCUACCCCCAAUGGCCACUGCAUUGAUGCAAGGGGCUUCAGAGGCACCCCGUGCUUUCUCUUCCUCUGCAAGACAUCCGACGAACCAUGUGUGCUGGUUGACAAUCGGGUCAAUGAUAAACGGCACAUGCACGAUCGUGUUGCAACGCGUCUUGACCGAGACGCUCAGAUGGCUUGGGAGCAUUACACUGCGUGCAAUCAAUCGCCAUUCCCCGAUGAGGGCUUCCGAUGA